GGGAUUAAUGAGAUUUCCAAAGUCAACAGAAAAAUCGAUGGGCGGAGGAGUCCGAGCGGCGGCUGCGCAGUCCUGCUGAGGGAGGGCGUCGGGGGCAUCGGUCUCACCUGGGGAAGGACGAUUCGAUCCGCACAGCGCCCGCAGUCGGUGCUUAGCCGGCGGCGAUGCCUGUCUUGGCCUCAGUAGCCUCAUCCCAGAAGAAACUCCUGUUGUGAAAUUGCUGGGUAUCAUCUAGACCAGGAGUCCCCAGUCCCCAGGCUGAGGACCAGUACCAGCCCAUGGACUGUUAGGAACCAGGCCGCACAGCAGGAGCCCCUGCUGAGGCUCCACCCAUGCCUUCUCUAGAAGCACAGGAGACUGAAGCAGCCCCAGAGAAGGAGAACCCAGUGGAUGUGGGGGCCGAGGAGACAACGACCACUGCCCAGCCCCGGCAGAAGUCCUGGCUGGUGCGACAUUUCUCCCUGCUGCUACGGCGGGACCGGCAGGCCCAGAAGGCUGGGCAGCUCUUCUCAGGCCUCCUGGCCCUGAAUGUGGUGUUCCUGGGUGGGGCCUUCAUCUGCAGCAUGAUCUUCAACAAGGUGGCCGUUACUCUGGGUGAUGUGUGGAUCCUGCUGGCCACGCUGAAGGUCCUCUCCCUGCUCUGGCUUCUCUACUACGUGGCGAGCACCACUCGCCAGCCACAUGCUGUGCUCUACCAAGACCCUCAUGCAGGGCCCCUCUGGGUGCGGGGCUCCCUGGUGCUCUUCGGCAGCUGUACCUUCUGCCUCAACAUCUUCCGAGUGGGCUACGACGUGAGCCACAUCCACUGCAAGUCACAGCUGGAGUUUGUCUUCCCUGUCAUUGAGAUGGUCUUCAUCAGCAUCCAGACCUGGGUGCUCUGGAAACACUGCAAAGACUGUGUUCAGGUCCAGACCAACUUCACUAGGUGUGGCCUGAUGCUGACCCUGGCCACAAACCUGCUGCUGUGGGUUCUGGCCGUUACCAAUGACUCCAUGCACCGAGAGAUCGAAGCUGAGCUUGGCGUCCUUAUGGAAAAGUUCUCAGGCAAUGAGACCAACACCUGUCUGUGCCUCAAUGCCACCGUGUGUGAAGUUUUCCGGAAGGGCUACCUGAUGCUCUACCCCUUCAGCACUGAGUACUGCCUCAUCUGCUGUGCCAUGCUGUUUGUCAUGUGGAAGAAUGUGGGCCGCCAUGUGGCACACCACAUGGGUGCCCACCCUGGCAUCGCGCCCUUCCACCUGCACGGGGCCAUCUUUGGGCCACUGCUGGGCCUGCUGGUGCUGUUGGCAGGCAUGUGUGUCUUCGUGCUCUUCCAGAUCCAGGCCAGCGGCCCUGUCAUUGCUUUCCAGUAUUUCAUCCUCUACUAUGCCUUCUAUGUGGCUGUGCUGCCCACCAUGAGCCUAGCGUGCCUGGCGGGCACAGCCAUACAUGGGCUGGAGGAACGAGAGCUGGACACAGUCAAGAACCCCACCCGUAGCCUGGAUGUGGUGCUGCUGAUGGGCGCUGCACUGGGCCAGAUGGGCAUCGCCUACUUCUCCAUCGUGGCCAUUGUGGCCACGCGCCCGCAUGAGCUGCUCAACCGCCUCAUCCUGGCCUACUCACUGCUGCUCAUCCUGCAGCACAUUGCCCAGAACCUCUUCAUCAUCGAGGGUCUGCACCGGCGCCCACUCUGGGAGGCAGUUCCUGAGGGCCUGGCAGGGAAGCAGGAGGCUGAGCCUCCCCGAAGAGGCUCCCUGCUGGAGCUGGGCCAGGGCCUGCGGCGGGCAUCACUGGCCUACAUUCACUCCUACAGCCACCUCAACUGGAAGCGGCGGGCACUCAAGGAGAUCUCACUCUUCCUCAUCAUCUGCAAUAUCACACUGUGGAUGAUGCCGGCAUUUGGCAUACACCCGGAGUUUGAGAACGGGCUAGAAAAGGAUUUCUACGGCUACCAGAUAUGGUUUGCCAUCGUCAACUUCGGCCUGCCUCUGGGGGUCUUCUACCGAAUGCACUCUGUGGGAGGCCUCGUGGAGGUCUACCUGGGGGCCUGAGGCUGCCUGCCCCCUGCAGAACCCUGAAGUGCCAAGCAGGGAGGAUGGUAGCCCAGAGUCUCUGAGCAGAUGCCUCAUUCUGAGAGGUGCCGAGACCAGCCGGAGGCUCCCAAGGCCUCCCAUUCCCCAGAGCCUCACUGAAGGGGAGGGCACUGCCUAUAGCCAGAGUCCAAGGGCAGGGGCCUGGGCACUUUCUGAUACCCAUCCCCAGGCCUGGACACAUGCCUGCCCCCUGCCUUCCCACCACAAUCAUCGAGCCAAGUGUGCACCCCAGGAGGCUGGUGGGGGCCCCCUCACGGCUACUCUCUGGGAAGGUCAGACCCAGAAGACAGAGUUUGGGGAGCUUGGCAAGCGGCGCCCCUCUCCAGCCAGGCCUCACAGUCUGUCUCCUGCUGCGAGAAGAGCAUCUGGUCCAGGUGUGGCUCUGGACAUCCUCAGAGCUCCGAGCUCCAAGCUGGGAGGCCAGCUCCCUUCCCCACACAGCCUAUCUCCUAAUGAGCUCAUUAAUUAGCUGCCAGGCAGGGUUCAACAGCUCUCUCCUGCUGCAUAAAUCCUAUUUGUUCGAUC